AAAACGUGUCCCGGUGACAUGGACAGCAACCUUCGGCGUCUAAAACAUGAACUGGAUUCUUUGUGGCAGUCAGAUGAGGGUCUCCAAGCUCAGAUGAAUUCUGUGAUCGGCGCUCUCAAGGAGCUCAAACUCUUGCAGGUCCAGACUGCACUGGAGGAGCUGGAGUUCUCCAGUAAAACGAGCCAGGCCUCUUCAUACACCCACACAAUGCUCGAUCAGAUAAACUACAGUUCAAGAAUAACCCACCUGAACCGAACACAGAAUCCAGAAGAAAUUCUUUCACAAGAAUGUUUCAAGACUGAGCUUAUCAUGGAACCGUCUUUGUUCCUCACUAGUUCUCCAGCAGAGAACCGCCAAACUCCCAGGGUACAUGAACCCAGGAUGAUUUACAGAGGAAGUCUGAGCACUUCUUCCUCCUUUUCCUCUCAGGAAGACACAACCGACAACAAUUUCUCUUCAUAUGAUAUCGAUGACUCCACGGAUUGGACAGCCUCAUUGAUGAACCACAGUAGAAACAGACAGCCAUUGGUAUUGGGUGACAAUGUUUUUGCUGAUUUGGUUGGGAACUGGCUGGACCUGCCUGAUGUUGGAGGCCAGACAGCAGGUAAGGAGCGGAAUGACUUGAUUCUUAAAGACACACUUUCGGAGUCAUCAUCUAGCAGUCACUCUCAAGAUCUCUCCAAGAAACUCUCACUAACAGCAAGCAUCUUCAAACGGGUCCUACGCCGCGUUCGGCCACAGCACCACCAAGAAAGCAAAGCAAUGGAUGUCUGUAAACAACCAAAGAUCACAUGCAGAAAGUCAAAAUCAGAUGUCAGCAAGCCAUUCUGGGUGAGAACAAGAGGAAUGAAGAAGGAAACCACAACCACCGUACAAGAGCGUGCAUGCCCUAUCAGGGCUCAGAGGGUUUGA